AUACGCGUAACAGUGAAAAUGUAAUCGUUCUGUCAAGACAUUAAAGAAUAAUUUUCACCGAGAAAAUUAACCUACAAUUGUUGGUAAAAUUCAACAAACAAGUGUAUCGUACAUCCGACGAUAUUCGGAUAUCAAUGGAGAAUUACUUCGAUAAUUAACAUUUGACAGUGAUUUGAUAAUAUGUAAACAAUAACUUGGAGGGGAUUUUAAGAGUUUGAUAGUCAUUAAACGUUGAAUUGUGGGCAGUUAAAAUUGAAAAUAAGAGGGAACAUUACGUGUCAGGAGGGCUCUCGUUUUAUCUGACCAGAGAAGAAUAACUUGAUUCACGAUGAAAUUGCAUGAGAAGAAGGAAUCAAGCAUUCACAAAGUUCAGGAGGUAAUCCUGGAGGAGAUUGAUCUCGCUAAAGAGUACAAUGUCGAAAAAACACUGGGUGAGGGAAGUUUCGCCAAAGUUUUACUCGCAACUCACAGACGAACACAAACACGAGUUGUUUUGAAGGCUGUUCAUCAAGAACUCACAACUGAGAAGGAUUUUUUUCGUGAAUUCCAUUACUCCUAUCAUCUGAGUCCACAUCCCAAUAUUCUGAGUUCCUAUGCUGUGGCCUUCAAGGCUGAAAAAUGCUACAUAUUUGCCCAGGAAUACGCACCCUUCGGUGAUUUAUCUGGCAACGUACGAGCUGGUGGUUUGAGUGAGGAUGUGUGCAAAAAAAUAGCCGGACAGUUGUCAUCUGCCCUAGAUUUUCUUCACUCAAAACAACUGGCACAUCGUGACGUCAAAUUGGAAAAUAUUUUGGUAUUUUCAGCGGACAUGUCCAAGAUUAAACUGUGUGAUUUUGGUUCAAUAAAACGUGAGGGUACACUUGUCAGUAAAAUACGUGGCACAUGGGUGCCAUUUAUGCCACCUGAAAUUCACGAAGUCAUCAAGAAUGAGAGAUAUACUUGUAAACGUAGUACAGACUCUUGGCAAUUUGGAAUUGUAUUGUUUGUAUGUUUGACUGGUAAUCCACCGUGGCAGAGUGCUGAUCAAAUACAGGAUCCUGAUUACUCGGCUUUUCAAAGAUGGCUUAAGAGACGUACAACUAAAAUACCAAAUACAUUCCGUAGAUUUACACCACGUUUGCUGAGAUACUUCAGACGUGUUUUCGAACACAAGCCGGAAAAACGAGCUGCGAUCACGGAGAUCAGUAAGUACUUGAAGGACACUUGGUGCCUGAAUAAAUUGAGUCACAGUGCAACAUCAACGUCGGUUGAAGUCAGUGAUACGCAGAUAGCAAGAAGGGCGGAUAGCCUCCUGUAUCUGGAUACCAUUGUUGAUGAGAGGCUGAAUGUCGAUGAGAAUAAGAAUAAAUUGCGCAAACUACUCAACAGCUAUGGCCUGGAGACAGCGGUGGAUCAGAAAGUUGUGACAAAGAGAAUUUGGGAGUGGGUGAUGCAGUGUGAUUCGAAUAUCGGUGAUUCACAACAUCUAACGACAUUUGGAACAGAUACCAUGUGAGAUAUGAUUAAAUCAUCGAGUGAACCAUGCCUAAUUAAACCAAUAAGUGAGGUCAGACAGUUGAGCUUUGCCACACUCACUGUACCAACUGAUAAUGCAUUAUUUGAUGAUAGAAGUUCAAUGCUCCGACGUUAUUCACCUCUCAUGAGUGAUAAAAAUUCAUUUGAUCAGUCUACGAGCUUUUGUGCCAAAAAUUCUAAUUAAAUUCAGCCGGAUAUUUCUGUGAUUCAAUGACCAUUUUAUCUCUCCUUCUUAGUUAUAAAUAUGAUGUCUCUGGACUUUUUUUGGCGCACUAAAUUAACUAUUCAUUUUUUUUUAUUCAAUCAGGUUAUUAAGGACGUACGUUGUCCAUAACUGCAUUCAUUUCCAGCAUUCAAUGUGUUAUAUUUUUCUGAAUAACUGGUAAUUCAUGAGAUGAGUGCGGUAACUGUAGAGACAAUAAUAACUCAAUCAAUAUGUAUUUUUAUUCAUUGAGAGUCAGCGAAGCUUAAUGUUACUGACAACUAAUAUAACUUACGGGCCUAAAGAAUUUAUGGAUUCUGCCCCACAGAUGCGUGAGCCGGAGGAACAAUAUAUUUUUAUUUAAUAUUUUUUUUUUCUCCAAAAUACUUGCCACUUAUUUCACAUGACUCUGCGUGGACCAUUAAGAUAAAUCGAGUGAAUUACAUUGGACUGAACAAUUUGAUGAUCAUGUAAAUACUCGAUAUUCCCAGUGUUGAAUGAGACCAUGAAUAUUAAAAUUGGAGUUUGUCAAUUUAUAAUUAUACGUUGAAUUGAAAGAAUACCACGAGUGGCCGUGAUUUGAAAUAUAUAUUCUUGUAGGAAAUUUAUGUACAGAUAUUACUCGGUGGAAAUGAGUCCGAUUGACGUAUCCAAAAAAAAAUUCAGUGAAUAAUUUAUGAAAUGAACACAGGGAUAUUGGAAAUAAAUUAUUGGAUUGCAGUUGCAACAGUGAAGCAGGAAAAUGCAGUUUAACAAAAUCCGUUAUCUUGUAAUAUUUCCGAGGAAACGUGAAAGGAAUUGGGGUGAAAGAAAAAUUAGAGGGGAAGGAAAAAAAUUGGAGGGAAAUACAAAAGCUUUGAAUUCAAGAACAAACAAAGAAGACUGAAUCGAAUUAAUUAUUAGUAUCUUCCAGGAUAAUAUAGCCUGGGUAAAUUGGUCAUUAGCUAUUCAAAUGCACAAUCUACUGUGCUGACUACGUAAUUAUUAUAACAAUUAACCAGGUGUUCGUAUAACGCUCAUUGAUUGGUAUUCACAAGCAAAAAAAAUCAUUGCAAAUGUUCAGUGUCAACGCUCGGUAUUAAUACCUGCACUGUUAGAUUAUUUAUGGCUGUUAUUUGGUAGUAACGUAUAUAAAUUUUGAAUGUUUUAGGUGAAAUGUUUAAGUAGGGUACACUGGAUGCUGUAGAGCAUUCGUUGUUGGGGAUAAUCGCGUGAAAAGUUAGAGUCCUAUCUCGUUUUUGACGUGUGAACAGUUGUCAAUCAAUGGGAAAUAAUUUGAAUGAUAGGGACGGUUAUCACAAGCACAGGUACUCGAAGGACGAGCUUUUGAAAUUUGUACAGAAUGCAAAUGAAGGGUAUGAUAGGAAUUUCGAUGUUUGCGUUAUGCGUUUUUACAUUUAUACGUUUACAAAUGUGAGAUCUCGGUGGAUAAGAUUAUUUUUUAAAAUUCCCUCGACUAACAAUGAUAAAUGUCUAGUCAGUUAGAAUAGAUUACGUGUACAUAAUCAUUAGGAGAAAGUGAUAAAGUGUAGAUCAGAGUGAUGUUUUUAAUGUAUAUUGAACUGUAAAGUUAUGAUAUGUAUAUAUCGGAAUAAAAGUUGAAUACUAUAUUAACAUUCCCUUUUUAAGUCCUUUCCUUCAGGAUAUUUUUAUCAUUUGUUUCUUUAUAAAUAAAUCUCGAAACUCGGUCAUUCGAAAAAAAUCAUUUUUGUGAUGCAAAAUUAACAAAGUGAAAUCUUCCACUCAACUCUCCAAAUAAUUGUUUCAAUCUAAAUUAAUAAAUGCAUUGCACUCCAUAUUUU